CUGGCAGCCGCCGACCUCGUCGGAAGUAGCAGCUCCGCACACACGUCGCAGGUGGUCCUCGCUAGCCCUAGCGCACCAGGAGCUCGUGAAUGCCGUGUCGCAGCCGCCUCUCUGCCCUGAGGACGCCCGCAGCUGCUCGUCGGAGGCGGCUUCUAGCCAGCUCGCCACGUGCCUGCCACCACAAUUAGCGCACGUUGGAGCUCCUGGCUCCCCUUUCGUCAACUGCUGGAGCUGUGCUCUCCGUCACAUCGACACGAACAGCGGCGUUGCGAACCAACAACAAAUUGAUGCCUUACUAACGACGGUACAACAACUUCUGGCUGCACAAGGAGCGUUGGACCUACAAAAACAACAACAACAAAAGCCGACGGACCGACACACCCAACAAGUGCCACCUACCAGCAAACCGCCUUUCCGGCAAUUUAACUUCACAGAAGAGGAAUGGCUCGAGUAUCUGACACAGUUCCAAGCCCCUUGUGCAGUUCAUCGAGUUCAAGGCGACGGGAUGGCGCCUACUUCAACUCUCUGGGAGCACGCCAGCGAGUCCGCUACACCUGUUGCACCUGCUCUUCGGAAGACUGUCAGCCGAGGAGCUGAUGGAGAGACACCCAGGAAGCGCAGGAGCGCCCGCAUAGCCGCCAUCAGGACACGAGCUGUUUUACGUUCGCAAGCACAAACUGCUUUAGAAGCGUACACAGUGCUGCGGGCGAGAAGUAAAGCUUGUGAGCAGCGCGAGGCGGGCAGCCACCGGCCACAGCCGGAGCCGCAGGGGACGGCCCGCACCACGCCGGCGCCGCCCACGCCGCCCCUGCAGCGCAGUCCGCAGAUGGAGUCGGGGCGGCUGUCGCCCGCGCCGGCGGACACAGCCGCGUCGGCCGAGGCUGCGGCCGCUGAGUGCGCGCGGGCGCGCCACGCCAGUCUGGCGCACGUGCUGUGGCGCACGCUGGUCCUGAUGCACAGCAACCGCCUGCUCGCGCUGCAGGUGGAGGCGCUGAAGCGCGAGACCUCGGCCUUCGUCUGCUCCGUGCUCAGCAACCCGCAGAACCACGCGCUGCUGCCGCCGGCGCCGUCGUCGCCCGCCAAGCAGCAGCAGCAGCCGGCUUCUCCGUGACGCCUCUGCUAGCGGUUCGUCCCUGUACCUGCACUGCUCGCCACAGGGAGCACCUCUGACGCUUCCGAUGUACAUCAGUAUAACAGUGUAUCAGAAACUAGUUGAGCGAGUCCGCCCUCAGUCGUCUGGGGAUGGAAACAGCGAACACAGACUGAAAUUGAAAGUGAGCGAUAGCAGGCAUUUCUCACCAGUCUUUUCCACUGGAACAGAAGACAAGGUUUGCCCGAGGAAACAGAUGAAAUACAAUGGUCAGUCACACACAGUGUCUGACAUUCAUUCUUUACUUCUUACAUCCUUUCGAUAAAUUGCGCCAACCCGCCUCGCUAGCCGAGGCUAUCGACACACACACUAAAGCUGUACGCCCUCGAUGGAGAGGCAGUGGGGGGGUUCUCAAAUUUAGACUUCGUGAAACCUUAUUUUAACGCUUUCUUGAGCAUUUUAAAAGUGAAAAUGCAAAAUGUGUGUUGGCAUAUUUUUGAUGUUAUAUACCGAGCCACAGAUGAUACCACUGCACUGUUCAGAUCUCAUUUCCACAUUAAUAUUUAUGAUACACUUGUGACAUGAGUAAGGAAUUCAGCAUUCCUCCUUGCCGCAAAGUGUAAUGGGGUGAUGUGGUUCCUGUGUUUUUCUGAUUCGGCUGAUAGAAGAUGUAUUUCAAAAGUCCAGCCAGUAUGGCAAUUCCUUAUUUUUGCCGCCGAUGCCAUGGCGUUCACCUCAUUUCAUGGCAAUGGAGCAUAUUGUACUAGAAGCAAAAGUGGAGACAGAUAACGAACAUCGUUCCCCCCCCCCCCCUCCCACACACACACACACACACACACACACACACACACACACACACACACUACUGACGCAGCCAGACAAACUGUUAUUGUAAAGUCUGUCGAAAAUCCUAACAAAAGAGAUAGAAGAUGGAACUUAAUGGCAGAUUAAAGCUGUGUGCCAGACUAACACUCGAGCUCGGGACCUUUGCCUUUCGCGGGCAGCUGCUCUACCGACCAUUUUUAUUUUAUUUUUUCUAUGUGUCAUUUAUUUGUAUGUUUCGUAAACUUGAUUGAAAUGACAAAGAGAAAAAGAAAGGCGAACUAAAUCCGACAGCUUAAUCCGUUGGCAGCGCAAAGCCAUAUAUUUUGUAACAUACCCUAAAAUAAUAUAACGCGAGUUGUGUACACCUAAAUGUAGUCCCAAUAUUAAAGGUUACGUAGUUUUCCAGCAACGGUUGGAACGAACAUCAGCGUAUCUUCCUCCACCUGCCACAACCCUCGACCAACAUGCGUGCAGCACGACUUAUGGAGGUUGACGAUGCUUUCCGCCACCGCCCUGUAUCCAUUUCCAAGCCAGCACCAUAGGUACGUCGUGGACCGUCCGCACUAAUAAUACCACAUCAUCAGCAUAAGCGCAGCAUUGAAAGGUAAAGUGUCAUAUCGUCACUCCCAGCAGCCGUCUGCAGAGACCGCACGCCGUAUAAAAACCACAUGGUCACCGUAACAAAAGCACACGGGAUUUCUAGUCUUUCCAUUACUGCACUGAAGAACAUGUGAUCCACUCCAUCAAAUGCGUGGUGAAAAUCGGCCGAGAUUAACGCUCACCAUAGUUGGCAGGCCGCUGUCAAGGCGAUGACGUCCUGUCAUCGCCCAGCCCCCUACGUAUGCUACUCCUACCGCCGAGGCAAGUUUGAUCCGUUAGCAGACCACCUGAUACCAGUGACUUCACAUGGGCAUGUGAAGAUCUUGUAGACGCAGUUCAAGAGGGUUUAUGGCGUGUAGUCCUCUGGCCUCCAUCCAUUGCUUGGCUUUGGAGUGGCUAUGAUGGUACUGUCUGUAAAUUCAGCUCGUAUCUCGAACGCUGGCGACAGAAGUUCUAUAUACAUCGCAAUCCGUGUGCGGUCCGUGAGAUAAGCAAAGAUACGAUAAAAUUCUAUUGAUAAACCUUGCUCCCUGAACAAUGGCCUCCAUUAAUUUGCCCUGCGUGAUCGCUGUGAGGAAAGGUUCGACCUUCAGUGGCUGGCCUCUGUCCGGCAACUCGGAGAGUACUUCGUAUACUAUCUCAUGGUCCACCAUUUUGCUGCCAUAAAACUCACGGAAGUGGUCUGUGAACUCUCACAGAAUGAAGUACUGUGUCCCAUAGUGCCAGCCAUCUCGAGUGCCCACCUCUCUGAUCACAGUCCUACGGAGCAUUCGGCGUUCCCAAACAAUACGAUGCUUUGAGAGUGUUUCGGGAACGACGGCGUCUGUCAUCCUUGCCCUCAUCACAUGCAUUCUUCAUCUCAUUAAAUGAAAUCUCUGGGCUCGAAGUGUACUCAUACUCGCCUGCUGUUCUGGCGAUGGGAGGUGGACCGUCAGCUCUCGUGCCAUAAAAUAAAAGUCAACUGUCGUGCAAUGCCAGUGCGACUUCUCUUGUCCGUAGUUUAUUAAAAUCCACCACAGCGCCACUUUCACACAAUCGAUCAACCAUCUGUCAUGUCCAUCUCCGCACACUGGCCACCAGUUGGAAAAUCCAGACCGUCAUCUCUCUUCAGCUCGUUCAUCAUUGACUCUUUAUCUGUAGUAUCACGUGAAUACGUAUUGGGAUCAUCAUUGUCGUCACCAGAAAGUAAUCUAUGCUGCUUCUGCCUCCUUAGCGCACGUUGCUUUCGUGCCUCGUCUCCACAUACGCAGUUUGGCCAUCGCUUCCUCUGCCUAUUCCUAGUGCUGCCGCAACUGCCGAGGGCAUGUCGGCCGUCACCGUCGACUGCUCUGGCGCGACCUGCGGCAGUAGCUCGCAGAGUUGGUCGAGAGGCUGCUGCUGACGACCUGGGUGGUGGAGGUCUUCCCCAUUGAUGUUCGUGGUCUCCACCGGUCGCUGCUGUCAUCGCCCGUCUGCAAUUUCUACCACACCAUUCUGCAGUGCCUCCACAUAAGUCGCUGAUAGCAAUGUCAUAUGUUGCAUCAGGAGAGAGUCAUCCUGUGGCAGUUGUACAUGUCGUCACUGGAUGCAGGCCGACCGUAGGUGUCCUCCUUGCUCACACACUGACCACAUGUUUGGUUGCCCAUCAAAAUCUUCCUGUAUAAAAAGUGGACGAAACGUACUUCCUGACUUCAAGCUGCAGUUGCCUCACCCCAUUAAGAAUGAGGUAUGUAUCAGAGCUCGCCAAUUUUUCAGCUUCAUGUGCCAGCACUGUCCCAUAAGGACAAAGGGCAUCUAUCACUAGUACCGCCGGGAGCAUAAAUGGAAGCUCGAAAAUACGCAUUGGUAUGUAUCACCACUCCCACAUGUUCGACUGUGACUAUCCGAAAGUUCGUAGCAUUAUGGCAGAGUCAAAAACAAGCACGACUACGACCCGUCCUCAUAGCUUUACUUCCUACAGUGUCUCAUCUCCUACCUUCCCUUGCAAAACUUACCGGACUAGCAGAGACUGCGAAGACAUUGUUAAGCCACAUUCUCGGGAAUGUUUCCAGAGAGAAAUUUUCGCUCUUUAUCCGAGUGUGUGCUGUUAUGAAACUUACUGGUAGAUUAAAACUGUGUGCCAUGACGAGUUCCUACGUCCGGACCUUUUCCUUUCGUGGGGAAGUGCUCUACCGAGCUAGCCAAGCCCGACUUUUCUGUAGUACAUUACGACGACUGACCUAGUCACGAGCCAAGCGCUUCGAAUGAUAUCACUGUUGAUGGGACGUUCAACCUUUUCAUCGUGUACUGCGGGCGAUAGUCCUAAAUGGAUGCUGUGACAGAAUAUCGUAAACCAUAUGUGUCACGUUUUCAGCCACGCCAGAUGACAUGGCAGACGAGUUCUUAAUACACCGAAUUCUGGGCCUACGCCUUGGUUAAACUAAAUUCUUCUUUCCUGAGUGAAAUUUUCACUCUGCAGCGAAGUGUGUUUUGGUAUGAAACUUACGG